AUGUAUUUUAUCAAUUUUGUGGACAAGGUACUCAUGUUGAGAGACAAUUCUGACAUACAAAAGUUUCAUCUUAAGUGGGAAUCGGAUUACAUGUAUAAUUUAAUACUGAGGCAUCUUAAUACAUGGAUCACUAUUUCCAUCAAGCGUAAUGUUCAUGAGAUAUCGAUUGAUUUGGGAUGUAGUGAUUUAAUAUUAAAGAUUCCCAACAGUCUCUUUAAUUCUAAAUCUUUGACUACUUUGGUACUAAAAUUCGCUGGAUUUGACUCAGAUAUCACUCUUCCUAGCUCAAUGAGUUUACCUAGGCUUACAUCUUUAUCGCUCUGUUCGUUUCGUACGAAAGAUGUAAACUUAGUUAAUGAGCUCAUCUCGAGUUGUCCAGUUCUUGAAUCGCUUAUAAUAAGAGAUUUUUUGAUAAAAGAUGGCGAUGAUUCAAUUGUUAUUAUUGAGUCUUCUGGACUGAAGCACCUUGAGAUAUGCAAUGAUGGAUCUCUUGCUCAGCCUCAUUAUAAUAUGGCCAAGAUUAUCAAAUUAGUUACUCCAAAUCUCACAUCCUUCAUAUGCAAAGAUUACAUGUUACAAGAAUAUUAUAUACCGAACCUUUCUUCUCUAGUCACUGCUGAUAUCAAACUGAGAGAAGUAGAAAAUGGAGAUGUUGCACGGGGAAAAGAAGCAAUAGACUUGGAGCUUUCUGCAGAAGUUAUUGGAGAACUUUUCCCGAAGCGUAUUAUGAAAUUUUUGAGGGUACUCCAUAAUGUGAGAGAACUAACAUUAUCACCUUGUUUCCUUCAGGUUCUGUCACAAGUUCCUAACUUAUUGGGCAGUCAACCCGCUAAAUUUUGUAAUCUACAGUGUUUGAAGCUGGAAACUUGCCUUACAACAGGCUGCUUGUGUGCAAUAACAUACUUACUUAAGAUCUCCCCUAAUAUUGAAUCUCUGUUCUUAACAUCAAAAGAGUGGAAUUUGGCAGAAGUUGAUGAUUGGGAAGUGACAUUGUCAUCACUGCAUACGUUCUCACAUCUCAAGUUUAUUGAGUUCAGAGAAGUUUACGGAUGUGAAAAUGAAUUUAGGUUUCUGGAGUUUUUGUUCAAGAAUGCCUCCGUACUCGAGGAAGUGGUUCUGUUUUUCUCUAACAGAGAACCGUCACCUGAUGCCGUUGACUGUCGUGAUAAAACGAGGCGAAUGAAGAAGUUCGGUGAUAAGUUAAGAAUGCUUUCAAGAGCUUCACCAACUUUGACGAUGCUGUUCUUUUAAUCUUAUUAGCUUGUUAGCUUACUCUCGAUGAUCUUCUCGAAACAAGAACUAGUGAAGUCGUGUAUUUAAACAAAGAAAUUCCCUUGGCACCUUUAGAUAUUUUUCUUACUUUCAGUUGUAUAUUAGAGAUGUCAAAUGAAUUAUGUUUAAACAACUUUAACAUUAUUGAGAAAGUUAUGACGGGCUGUCGUAGCAAAUGAAGAUCAUAGUGAGCUC